AUGUCCAUCUGCACCCGUAAACGGGAUUUGGUCUAUCUUCUCUUUUUUGUCAUCCAUGUCCCGAUCAUUCUCUUAAUCGACACAGUCCCCCUUCUACCACCCAUUCUCCAAACAAACCUCUCUCACCAGUUACGCGAAUUCUACAUAACAACCUACCGCGAUAAAUUCUUCGAAGAUCCCCCAAUAUGGUUCACCGUCUUCAUCUGGAUGGAGCUGCUGUACCACCUCCCACUUUCCAUAUGGGCAACUCGGGGUUUGCUUGAAGGCCACCCCCUCGUCCCUGUGCACCUUCUCGUCUUCGGCAUCCAGGCCUUCAUCACCACCCUGACAUCUCUGGUGGUGAUGUGGAGUUGGACUGACCGCUCGGCCGCGGAGAAGCAGCAGCUUACCAUGCUGUAUGCUCCCUAUCUGGCGUUAGGUAUGUGCCGUCCCAAGAUGUACGAUAAUAACAUCGCAAUUGGCUACUCACACAAGAUAGGCGGGUUCAUGGCUCUAGACAUGGUAUUCCGUCUACGCGACAAACUAAUGCCGAAAAGCAAGCGGGAGUAA